AUGAAGGUGCUGAAGGACUGCCUUCAGACAGACAGGUUCAAAUGGACCUCUGAAACAGAGGCUGCUUUCCAAGAAAUGAAGACUUACAUCUGUCAACUCCCAACCCUAGCCACCCCAGUCCCCGGGGAACAUCUGCUCCUAUACCUAUCCGCCUCGAAGACAACCAUAAGUGCAGUUAUGAUGGUAGAACGGGAGGGAAAGCAGAUACCAAUAUACUUCAUCAGUAGAACACUUAAAGGUCCCGAGGAACGUUACAUGCCACUGGAGAAGUUAGCAUUGGCCCUUGUUUUUGCAUCUCGAAGGCUCAGGAGGUACUUCCAAGGACACAAGAUCACCUUGAUGACCGAUCAGCCCCUCCAAAAGGUGCUCAGGAGGCCAGAGCUGUCAGGACGAUUGGCUAAAUGGGCCAUUGAAUUGGGAGAACAUUCCUUUGAGUUCAAACCCAGGACAGCCAUGAAAGGACAAAUACUGGCUGAUUUCUUAGCAGAAGUUCCGGAGGAUGAAGAAAAAAAACUCCUAAAAUGGGAAGCCUUGGAAAGAAAAGAAAAAGAGGAGGAAGACAAGGCUGUAUGGAAGAUAUUCACAGAUGGAGCUUCCAGUGAAGAAGGGAGUGGAGCAGGCAUUACCUUGAUAAGUCCUGAAGGGGUUGAGUUAACUUAUGCCAUAAGACUGGACUUCGAAAACAUCAACAAUACCGCGGAAUAUGAAGCCCUUUUAGCAGGGAUGAGGCUAGCAAGAAAGAUGAAAGCAAAGAACGUAGAAGCUAGCACCGACUCUCAGCUGGUGGUCAAACAGUAUCAGGGAGAGUACGAAGCCAAAGACAGCACCAUGGCUCAAUAUGUAGCUAAAGCAAAAGAAAUGGCUGAAGCAUUCGAAACCUUCGAGCUAAAAUACAUCCCCCGCGGGAGAAACAGAAAGUCUGACGCCCUCAGUAAGUUGGCCUCAGUAGCAUUUGAUCACCUGGCAAGAGAAGUCAAAGUAGAAGUCCUGGCCACCCCCUCCCUCGGCGCAGAGGAGGUGGCUGCGGUCGAAAAUGCACAAGAAACGUGGAUGACACCAACUGUAAAGUUCCUCAGAGACGGGACUUUACCCGAGGGGGAUGGGGCACCCAGAAAAGUGAGGGUCAAGGCCCUGUAG